AUGGCUAAUAAAUCCAUGAAUAGUAUUAGCUUCAAGGCACUGGUGGACAAGCGGAGCAACAAAGUUAUCUUCAUAGAAACUGAUAAUGAUUUUGUUGAUGUUCUCUUCAGUUUCUUGACAAUACCAAUGGGAACAAUCAUCAGAGUUGCCCGUAAACAUUCAUUACCAGUGGAAACAGGUUGCAUGAACAAUUUGUAUGCAAGUGUUGAAAAUAUUGAUGCACGUAUUUUCCAGACUGGAGCAUGUAAAGACAUGUUGCUGUGUCCUCGUAGUGGGGCUGAACUUCAUUGCAAGAAUCUCCAAUUGAAGAUUAACAAUGAUGAGCCCACACAGUAUUUUUCGUGCUCUAAGGAUUGCACCUGCGGUUAUAAAUUAUUUAGUCAUUACAAAGAUGUUCUUUGUAAGUGUGGAGAACCCAUGGAUAAUGAGAUACCUCUUCAGUGGGAAAGUUGA